UGCCUUUCCAAGCCGAGGAAGGCGAGUGGAGCGGGCUCUCUCUUCUUCUUCCCUGGCGCAGAGGAAGCAGAGAGCUUGUUGGGUAAAGAGACGGUGCCCGUUUGGGCUGCCGCGGGCUCCCUCUGCAGUUCCCGUCCCUCGGCUGGUUGCAGCAGCAGCAGGCUCGGCCCCGCGCUCGCUCCCCAGCCUCUCUCGCCGUCCGAAGGGGCCCUUGGAGAGCGAGCGACCCGGCGCCCUUGCAGGAGAGCGCGGCGAGGGACAUGGCCCUGGGCGCCUUCCCCGGGCGGCUGCUGCUGCUGGCGCUGCUGCUUGGCGGCGCCUUAAGCCUGGCCGGCGGCGCCCCGACGGCAACAAGCGCGCCGCCGGCCGUGCCUUGCCAGGCCCCGCUGCAGUGGGAAGGGCGCACGGUGGUGUACGACCACAGCACCGGCAGGAACACCCGGGCGGCCGUGUCCUACGACGGCCAGAACCAGCGGCUGCGCAUCCUGGAGGAGAGGAAGCAGCUCAUUCCUUGCAAGAAGUAGGUGCAACGCGCCCCGGCGCAGGUUCUCCCGUGCGCUCUCGGGGGGGCGCAGCAGCUGCAGCGCGGGCUCCGGGGAGGGCUGUUCCCCCCUUGGCCGCGCCUUCCGUGGGGUGGGGAUGGGGAUCCUCUUGCCACCAGCCAAUCGCGGCUCCCCUGCCGCUGUCUUGCGUAGGGGAGCGUGUGAAUGAUGCGCGAUCCCACGGCCAAGCAACGGCGACAAAAGCGCACCAAGUUCCCCGGCCACGCUGGGCGCGAUUCUCAGGGCUGCCCUUCUUCUCUGCAGGCUGCUUGAAUUUGGGGGGCUGUCGUUGGAAUGUAGCUCGUGAAAACCCCCAAGUCGGGGAGGGCUUUGCGCGGGAGCUCCUGUGGAGCCCCCGAAACGCAGGCGGUGUUUUCAGUGACGGGUAGCUGAGAUCUUGCAGGGGUGGAACCGGCUGUUGACAAGCGCAGUUUGCAGCAAAUCGCGCGCGCGUGUUUUUCUUCUGUUUUGGAUUCCAGCCACCCACGCCCCCUUUCCAGGACACUCCAUUUCAUCAACCCUUACCUAUGCACUCAGUAGAGAUCUAAGUGACUGGAAAGACUCUACACUUUUUGGGCUUUUUCUUUAGUUACCCACAACCCCGCUUAGAUCUCUCCCAAUUCUCCCAUACAAAGCCUAUUUUUUGCAAACUUAGAGAUUCCCGCAAGCCUCUGUCUGGAUGGUUCCAUUUUGGCCAUGUAUGGAUUUAUGAUGGUGACAGAUAUUUGUGUCAUUUGUGUCAUUGACCAGAACCACAAUAGUCCACCUAUUGUAGAGAUAGAGUCAACAGAGAUAGAGUUAGCCAUUAAAAUAUUAACCAGCCCAUUUUUCCCCUUCUGAGUUUGUAUCUUUGGUACCCUAGGGAGCAAGCAAGGAAGAGGCCUGUCGUUCUUGCAGUGUAAUCUGAAGGAUAUUACUUGUCUUCCUUCCCCACAUGUUUUCCUUCUACAGUUCUUCCAUUCAGAACAUUUUUCUGAUAAUUUAACAGAUACUUAGAAAUGCAUCGGAUGCAAAACGGAGUUCAUCCAAUCACAUCACACUUAUUAAUAUAUGACUCUGACAUUUAGCAUAUUUCUCUGCUACUCAAAGCAGUUUGUUUCACAAUAUUUAUAUACUGCUUUCCAACAAUAACGGUUCUCAAAGCAAUUCACAGUAAAUCAGAUUUAGAAGCAGAGUGUUAUAAAAAAAUAUUCCAUAAUUAAAUUUCAUGGAAUAAUUAACUGCUGUAUGUUGCACUUGGUGAUUUGAGAGUAUGAUGGGCUGGUCAGAAGCAGGAAGGGUCAGGGCUAGGAUUAGCCUGCUCCCCCCACGCUCCCUCCCAGGCCUCCACAGCUACAAGCGGCCAGCAUACUUGUGUCAGUCUUCCUUCAGAUCUGAUAAGGAAGCACCAUAUGGCAGAGUGAAAAUAUAACAGCAAAUGUCUGGAGAGCAGAAGGUACCUCUCAAAACAAACAGUGUGUGAGCAGGUGUCUCUUAAGUUUCUUAAGUUUAAGGAUGUGUUAUAAAAGGUGCAAAUAGUUUCUCCUCUAUUAAAAUUACAGUUAUUAUUAUUAUUAUUAUUAUUAUUUAUACCCCGCCCAUCCGGCUGGGUUUCCCCAGCCACUCUGGGCGGCUCCCAACUGAUUAAAACAGAAUAAAACAUCAAAUAUUACAAACUUCCCUAAACAGGGCUACCUUCAGAUGUCUUCUAAAAGUCAGAUAGUUGUUUAUUUCCUUGACAUCUGAUGGGAGGGUGUUCCACAGGGUGGGCGCCACCACUGAGAAGGCCCUCUGCCUGGGUCCCUGUAACCUCACUUCUCACAGUGAGGGAACCGCCAGAAGGCCCUCGGAGCAGGACCUCAGUGUCCAGGCAGAAUGAUGGGGGUGGAGAUGCUCCUUCAGGUAUACAGUUCUGGUUCAGAAAACGUCACAUUAACUUCAGCCACCUAGGAUUACAUCUGAAAUAUUGUUUUGUUUUGUUUUUAAAAUAAUAUUUAUUAUUUUUCCAAAAACUUAAACACUAAAAAGAAAAAAAAAACCAAUACAAUACAACACAUCAAAUUAACAAAACAAGACAAAGACAAUAAGAUAAAUCAAACAAUUUCAUUAUCUCCUCUUUCAUUUACUUAUUUCCACGACCUCCUCACACCUCCCUUUUUGUAUUCCACUUCUGUUAAUUAUUUCAGCAAUUCCUUUCCAUCUUCCUCUGUUUUCUAUCCUAUAAUUAUCUUAACUCAUUCUAACCUUAUUUUUCCUUUAAUGCUCUAUUAACCUAUCUGUACUUAAUUCCUUAUAAUAUUUCUACUAAAGCCAUAUAACUUCAUUCCAACAUUUUUCUAGCAUUCAUUAAUUUUACAGUAUUUCUGUAGAUAGUCUUUAAACUUUUUCCAAUCUUCUUCCACCGACUCUUCUCCCUGGUCUCGGAUUCUGCCAGUCAUUUCCGCCAGUUCCAUGUACAUCAACUUCAUCUGCCAUUCUUACAUCUGAAAUAUUGUGAUCAAUUGUGAUUCAGCGGUUUUUGCCUCUGGGUAGCUAUCAAGAAGAAGACCAUACUAGUAGCAAUUCCUACCAGUUUCAACUGCUUACUCUUGAGAGUUAUCCAGGGAUCACAAUAUUUGUCUGCAGAAGUGUGAACACCACCCACCUCUGCUUACUAGAGACAGUGCACUAUUGUUUACACCAGGCCCGUCCAACUCCCAAGAGACUGGGAUCUACUUCCAGUAUAACAAAACUGACAGUGAUCUACCCAUUGUCAUUGAGGAUUGACCAGAGUUGCUGAGAUUUGAGAGUUGUUGCUCCACUAACUAAUGUAUCCAGUGCUAAAAACACUCGUGAUAUUCCCAAACGCCAAGAGAAAACGCCUAAUGCUGCCCACUUGACGCGACGGAGGGACAGAGUGAGGGGGGCGGGGGGGCACGGAGACAUUCAUUCCCCAGUUUUUUUAAUCCUACGAUCGAUCAGGAUCCCGCGAUCAACCAGGAUCAACGGGGAUCUACCUGUCAAUCGCGGUCGACCAGUUGAACAUGUCUGGUUCACACCAAUCCAAGAAUGAAAUAGAUGAUUCAAGAGCAGCUGAUUGGCUCUCUUUCGACUUGCACCAGGUUCCCAAAUGUAGAUCUGUAGUAUGGUUGCUAGAGGUUAGUUACUUCUAACUUGUAACAACGAGGCUCCAUCGUUGGAGGCCCAGAAUGGUGGGGAAACCAAGGGGGGAAUUGAAGUGAAGUGAACUGAUGGCAUAACUUCCUUCUUGACCUUUGCAAACAAUGAUUGAAAGGUGCGUGGUAGAUUCAAUUCACCAGUUUGGGAAGGGGUGGGGGGAAAGUAACUUGGUAAGAGUAGCGUUAUUGAUCAUUAUACUAGUCAGUUCUGGAAAACUUUGAUCUUGGGAGAUGUUGAGUCAUUGUGGCCAUUGUCCAGCUAAGCACUCAAGGAUGGGACGAACUCUGCACAGUUUAAUGGAAGAUCUGCCAGCUCUCUGGCACUGCUUUCUCCAACAUCACUCAGUUUGGCUUGGCACAUAAUCUGGUAGAGAUACAUGAAUUGGUUUGUGGCAAGGACUAUGAAAGAGCAGGAAAUGGAAUGCUAGCAUCCCCGCUAGUGCAGAAUUGAGAGAACCCAACUGUUUAAAACUGUUUGGCAGUUGAAUAAAACCUUAUUCUUUAGCUCCAAGGGACAGUUUAUACAAUCAGCAGAAUCAUGGAAAAGAUUACCAAGCUGUAGGUAGAGUUGCAUGUUUGAAUGCUCUCCCAUUUCCUUCACAUUGAAAACCAGCAUGUAGGGGAGAAGGGUUCAGCCUCUCCCUUCCUUGUCUUCCUCUAUAGGUCUGAAGUGCAGUUUCUUUUGUCUGUGAGGUGGGUUGUUCAAAUAUACAGAGCUCUUUCUUUUGUCUGUGAGGUGGGUUGUUCAAAUAUACAGAGCUCUAUCUGCAGCCUGAAGUGAUACAGUAAAAGGUAAAGGUAAAGGGACCCCUGGCCAUUAGGUCCAGUCACGGACUCUGGGGUUGCGGCGCUCAUCUCGCUUUAUUGGCUGAGAGAGCCGGCAUACAGCUUCCGGGUCAUGUGGCCAGCAUGACUAAGCCGCUUCUGGCGAACCAGAGCAGCGCACGGAAACGCCGUUUACCUUCCCGCUGGAGUGGUACCUAUUUAUCUACUUGCACUUUGACGUGCUUUCGAACUGCUAGGUUGGCAGGAGCUGGGACCGAGCAACGGGAGCUCACCCCGUUGUGGGGAUUCGAACCACCGACCUUCUGAUCGGCAAGCCCUAGGCUCAGUGGUUUAACCCUCAGCACCACCAGGUUGUAUACAUGUCGUCAUAAUUCUAAACCAUAUAAAUUGGCUCUAGUAGGUGCAACUGUCGGUUACAGUCUCUGCUGUGACACUGCAAUUGCAUUAUAGGACAACAUGUUUAUUUGCAACACGUAACUUUCUGGCAUCCUGAUGAUAUCAAGCUAACAAUGUUCAGGUCUGUACCAAUGCAUGGGACAGGGCUGGUCUACAUGAUGAAAUACUUGAGGUUGCACUGUCCUCUCAUGGUUGUCAGGUGCGUGGGCAGUCAUAUGUAGAUUCUGUAGAAAUCUCUGAUUCUAGAUUUCUAAGCUAGUAUUCUUGAUACAAUUGUUUUCUAUGUGUGUAAGUAUCUCAAUAGACACUUUCAAAUAUGUGAUGGUUAGUACACCCUGAGCCCAGUCUUGGCUGGGAGGGUAAAGUAUAAACAAAGAUGCUUAUUUCUGAACGUUACUUACUUACCUUACUAGAGCUGCAGGGCAAGUCAGGAUUUGCAUCAUGAAAUGCACAAACUGCCAUCUCAUCUAUUCUCUCAGUUAAAUAAAUAGCCUAGGAGAGUGGAAAAUCGUGAAGUGAACUGCUUCACCAGUGGUAUAGCUAGAGCGCUUGGAUUCUAGAUCACGGACUGCAGUUCUUGAAGGUGGACUUCUGGCAAGCGUGGACUGCCCUGCACACGGUUGGGAGACAUGUUCUUGCCAAAAUCUCAGAAACCUCAUCAGAGGGCUUAAACUGACUAGUGGGGAGGGGACAGUGCUCCUGAAGGUACGUCUAUCAAUUGAUGAAGAUGAUCAUCCAAAUGUCAUAGACAAAUGGAGCAAACAGCACGCAGACCUAGUGGUGGGAGGAAAAAUCCUUAAAUAAGAGACACGGGGAAUGAUUAAUGGACUUCAAUGUCUGUACAUUAAUGCACAAAGCAUGGGAAAUAAACAAGAUGAGCUUGAGCUCUUGGUACAGCAAACUAAAUAUGACAUAAUAGGCAUCACUGAAACCUGGUGGGAUAAGUCCCACGAUUAGAAUGUAAUAAUGGGGAUACAAUCUAUUUCAGAGAAACAGACCGGACAAGAAAGGAGGAGGAGUGGCGUUAUAUGUCAGGGAUGUGUAUACCUGUGAAGAGAUCCAAGAUUUAGAACCUCAAAGCCAAAGUGAGAGCAUUUGGGUCAAAAUUAAGGAGAGAAGAAUAACAGUGACCUCAUUGUGGGAGUUUACUAUAGAUCCCCAAGCCAAACGGAGGACAUAGAUGAUGCCUUCCUGGAACAGAUGGCCAAGCAUGCAAAAGGAAGGAGAUAGUAGUAAUGGGGACUUCAAUUACCCGGAUAUUUGUUGGAUGUCAAACUCAGCCAAGAGCAUAAGGUCAAACAGAUUCCUCACUGGCCUUGCAGACAACUUCAUUGUCCAGAAAGUGGGAGAAGCAACAAGAGGAACAGCCAUUUUAGAUCUGGUCCUAACCAAUGUUGAUGACCUGGUUAGUGGGUAGAAGUGGAAGGAUCAUUAGGCGCGAGUGAUCAUGCUCUUCUGAAGUUUACUAUACAGCGGAAAAGAGCAGCCAAGCAUACUAGGACUCAAUUUCUUGACUUUAAGAAAGCCGACUUCAUAAAACUUAGGGAAGUGCUGGGUGAGAUCCCAUGGACAGUAAUACUAAAAGGAAAGGGAGUUCAUGAUGGCUGGGAGUUUGUUAAGAGGGAGAUAGUAAAGCACAACGUCAGGCAAUACCAAUGAGACGGAAACAUGGAAGGUGCCUAAAGAAGCCAGGGUGGCUAUCUAAAGAACUUUUAACUGAGUUAAGAUUAAAAAAGGAUGUGUACCAAAAAUUGAAAAGGGGGGAAAACCACCAAAGAGGAAUUCAAACAAAUAGCAAGCACGUGUAGACACAAAGUCAGAAAAGCUAAAGCACAGAAUGAACUCAGGCUUGCUAGAGAGGUUAAAAGCAACAAAAAGGCUUUUAUGGGUAUGUUCGUAGCAAAAGGAAGAACAAAGAAACAGUGGGUCACUCAGAGGAGCAGAUGGUGAAAUGCAAACAGGGACACAGAAAGGGCUGAACUCCUCAAUGCCUUCUUUGCCUCAGUCUUCUCCGAUAAAGAAAACAAUGCCCGACCUGAAGAAUUUGAAGCAAAUGAUUCAGCAAAGGAAACACAGCCCAGAAUAACUAAGGAGAUAGUACAAGAAUACUUGGCUAGUUUAGAUGUAUUCAAGUCUCCAGGGCCAGAUGAACUGCAUCCAAGAGUAUUAAAAGAACUGGCAGAUGUGAUCUCAGAACCACUGGCAGUCAUCUUUGAGAAUUCCUGGAGAACAGGCAAAGUCCCGGCAGACUGGAGGAGGGCAAAUGUUGUUCCUAUUUUCAAAAAGGGGAAAAGAGAGGACCCAGGGAUUCGAACUGCCGACCAUGCGAUCGGCAAGUCCUAGGCACUGAGGUUUUACCCACAGCGCCACCCGCGUCCCUGAUUCGGGGGCCUUAUCCAGCCCCAAACCACAUUUUUCGGCAGCAGCAGUCAUAUGCACACAUCAUAUGGGAACUUCUGGCGAGGAAAAAUGGUGGGCGCCACAGCAGCGAGCAGCUCCUGAAGCCAGCCAGAGCGAACUGCACUACCAGGCUGGCUCCGGGCUGCUGAGGCUGCCGCUGCCACAUUUCCCAGGGACAGAUUUGCAAAUCAGGGGACAUUCUGGGGACGGAACUGGGGACAUCUGGUAACCCUAAGUUAGCCACCCCAAGCUAUGCUCGGGACACACUGUGUAUUGGGAGCUGUACUCUUCAUGAUUUUUAAAAAUAGAUUGAGCUUAUUGCUGGCCCUCUUAACUUUUAACUCUGUUUACUAAGAGCAUAAUCCAAAAUCGAUUGAACCAAUUGAUUCAGAUCACCUAGCCUUCAGAUUUGCAUUUUGCUUUAGGAUGGUUUGAUGGGUGGGAUUAUAGUAAAUAGUCUUCGCCUUAUAUUUGGAGAGGGAACACAGUAAAUAUAGAUUUUUGAACUCCCCCUAGAAAGGGUGGUGAACUGGAGGCGGUAAAUAGUAGCAGGUGUUGGAAGACCUAGAGAGAGAUGCUUAAAGGUUGCCUGCGGUCUUUUGAUUGAAGUGGGAAAUAUGGGCGAUAGGAGGAAUGUGUCUGAAAUUGAAUCUGGAGUAAGGAUUCCAAAGGCGCCAGGUUCUCCGAAAAGAGCUCAAGGGAAAGAUACAAAGAUGUCCUUUCCUGUAGUAUCUGUCAGAAAGAAACCUCAAAAGAGGUGCUCAACUCUUUAGGCAGAGGCGGAAAAAUAAUAUUGGUGAUUAUCAGAAAACCUAGUCUGCAGCUCAGGACCAUGAAGUAUAUUUCACAUGAACGAGAAAUAUACAGUUGCUAAAAAUGAGUAAAACUGUUAAGUAUCACUGGAUGAAAACCAUUAAAUCUGGUAUUCAACAACCUUCACUUGCUCAAAAUACGCUUUCUAGAGUUGCACUCUCUGACAGAGCUGUAUCAGAUUUGACUGUACCUUGUUGGGUAGGACUGGACAAUGGAGGUCUCCCUUGCUUUUCCUCACCCUGUAGCUCGGUCUACAGCCCAAUUUCCUCUACUUGACUGGUUGUUUAAUUCCCCAACUCUCCAUUUCCCCAUUUAUCUUGCUUAUUAAGUUGUCUUGAAGGUAGUUAGAGGAUUCUGUGCUAUGGUUGCCUAACAGCUGUGCUUCAAUCCUUUUCUCUUGAACCUGAGAAUAUGGCUGCCUCUGAGCUGAAACAGGCACACGUGCGGCCAACCUAUGACGAUAGGAACGGAGAUAGUGGAAGGGGCAUUGAGAACAAUGCUUCUUCUAUCAUAAAAAUUCUGAUAUUUGUGGAAGAUCCGGAAUGGAUCACCAAUAUUUUCAUUUGUCUGGCAUGUGCACAAACAUAGUCAUGGUUUAUGUGGGUACUCUGUUGAUGAGUGUAGUUUGUGGCCUGUUAUGCACCAUUUCCCUUCCAGUUUGCAAGCCCAGUUCAGAGGAGAUGAGUGGCAGGGGAAGGCAAUGGCACUGAGUCCAAGGUUUGCCCACAAUAGCGGUCUUUAGCUGAAGACGACAUUUCAGCACAGUAACCAGGUUCACCAUAACUUGGGCGGACGCAGAGUUCUCCUCAUCUCUUAUGCUCCCACAAGAUUAGAAUUAUGGAACACUAAGUAUUAAUAAUGCAGGGGUACCUUGUUCCCGAAUUUAAUCCAUUCCGGGAGUCCGUUCGAUUCCCAACAUACUUCGAAAACCAAGGCGUGGCUUCUGAUUGGCUGCAGGAGUUUCCUGCACUCAAUCGGAAGCCACGUUGGACGUUUGGCUUCCGGAAAACAUUCACAAACUGGAACACUCACUUCUGGGUUUGCGGUGUUCAGGAACUGAUUUGUUUAGGAGCCAAGCCAUUUGCGUACCAAGGUAAAGGUAAAGGGACCCUUGACAAUAAAGUCCAGUCACGAACGACUCUGGGGUUGCGGCGCUCAUCUGGCUUUAAAGGCCGAGGGAGCCGGCGUUUGUCCGCUUCCUCAGACAGUUUUUCUGGGUCAUGUAGCUAGCAUGACUCUGGCUUCUGGUGAAGCCAGAGCAGUGCACGGAAACGCCAUUUACCUUCCUGCUGGAGCGGUACCUAUUUCUCUACUUUGACGUGCUUUCGAACUGCUAGGUUGGCAGGAGCAGGGACUGAACAACGGGAGCUCACCCCGUAACGGGGAAUCGAACUGCCGACCUUCUGAUUGGCAAGCCCUAGGCUCUGUGGUUUAACCCACAGCGCCACCCAAAGUGAUACAGUCUUCAUCAAUUACAAGCCCAAGCAGCACAGUGGUUUAACCCACAGCGCCACCGUUUACCCACAGCGCCAUCCGCGUCCCAAGGUACCACUGUGUUAUUUCUAUGGACAUGCUCAUAACUCAGACAUUUGUGGACUGAAGGAACACGGAGGCAUGUAAGGGAUGUGACUCCAGCCUCAGAACCUAUCUCAGUUCAAGAACAACCCUUCAUUCUUGUGGAAAGGAAAACCCCAUACAGACUGCUACAAAAGGGGCAGGCAAUCAACUGCAAAUGCACUCUUUUGAAUGUUGGCUCAAACAGCAACUGUACCACAAUAAAAUGAUGUGUGGAAAGCGUUCUGCCAUAGGAAACUAAAUUUCUUAAAGCUGCCGUUGUGAGCACUUCCAUGGAACAGCACUCAGGAUGCACGGCUGUUUGUUACAUCGAAGUCCAAGAUAGAAGAAUCAGAGUGAACUCCAAAUCUUUUCUUUCUUUCUGAUUUUCUCCCAGCCUAAAUACAGGUUGUUAGAGUGGGGAGGCAAUUUUCUUUAUUAGGAGAUACUUAAAAGUAGCCAAAAGAGCAGUCUUAAAAUAUACUGGGUUUUUGCAACUGGAUAUUCCAAGAGCAGGUCUUUGAACUUUUCCUUCAUUAUGCCCCACUGUACUGACAGUUCCUUCUAGUUUCCUGCUACUAUUUAGGCUUAAAAUUGCAUCUGUGCAAUGCACGUCUUACUCUUUCGGUUUUACCUGACUUGCUUUUGAAUUCAUGUCAUCUAGCAAAUAAUAAAAGUGUGCUUUAAAUCUGCUUAGGGUUAUCUAAACACGCUCAGUAGGUUCACUGACCUUUUCCUGACCAAGAGAGAGCAUGUAGCAGUGACAGGCUAUAUUUUUAAACCAAUAUUAUUUACAGGUCUUGUCCCCCUUGCUAUUAUUUCUUGGCCUUGUCCUUGGGUGAAAAAUAAAUGUGUCAUUCUUGAUUUUUACUCACACCUGCUUCCUUAAUACAAUUAAAACUAGACUUUUUGUUUCUUUGAAAUAGAAAUGUAUUUUUAGCCAGUCUAUAAUAGUAAAGGAAGUCUGUGUGUUUAGGCACCAGUUGCUUGUGAGUAUUUUUGGAAGCAUUAUUAACAGAUAAUGUUAUGUAUAUAUUGAAAACAGUUAUGUACUUCUUUUCAGGUGAAACUCACAGAGCAGUUUACGAAAAUGCAAAUAUUAAUGCAGUAAGCAGCAAUUAUACAUAAUUAUAAUAAUUUAUUAUUUAAACCCCUCCCAUCUGGCUGGUCCAUGGGUUUACCCAAGACGCCUUGGAAUUGUAGUCCGCCAACGGUGUUUAAACUCUCCUAUUUGAAAUCCCUUGCCCCCCAAGAACUACAGUCCUAAGGGCUCCCAUGAGCCAAUUUAAAUCUCUGGGGUCGAUCUGUCACGUAAUGAUGCACACCCAAGAAUUCACAGAUAUUACCUUUGCUCUUGGUCUGCUUCUUUCAGAUUUUUUGAAUAUAUCUACCUCUAUAAAGACACGGUGAUGUUUCAGAUUGAGCAAGUGACAAAGCUGUGUUCCAAGAUUGCCUUGACUGAGCCGUGGGAUCCUUAUGAUAUUCCCGACAACUCAACCUACGAAGAUCAGAACUACAUUGGAGGACCUGGCGACCAAAUUAUGGUACAGGAAUGGUCCGACAGAAAACCAGCUAGGAAAUGUAAGCAUACUUUGGUUAAUGAAUUAAUUGGGAGGGACUUUUUCUCUUUUUGAGAGAGAGAGAGGGGUUAGCUGAUGGAAAUGGAUCACAGAAGGGAAAUAUGCUGUUGUUGUUAUUGGCGUAUUGUUUGACAUUUGAUAUGGUUUAAAAUGAUUUUAUAUGUUGUAAGUAGCCAUGAGAAGAUAGCAUUUUUGGGCACAGCACACCCGAAUCUCUGAGCACCAAUGCCUGCAUGUAACCAGGGUUCUGGUUGUCCAUGGUUAUACCUGGUUAAGCAAUUUAAGUGGAUAAUCCUCAGCAGAUCCAAGAAGAGCUCAAUUAGCCUUGACUUUUAACUUGAAAAACAGCUUAAAUUUAAAACAAAUCUCUGUAUCUUUUGGGACCACAGUCCUCCCAAGGAUUUCUGCAAAGCAAUCCCACAGAAACUGAUGGGACUUAUUUCCAGACCAAACGGGCUUGAUGAUUGUAGCAUUAACCCUUCAUUUGGGGAAAAAAAUGACUUCUUCUUGCUGGCAUAAUGAAAACUUGAAAAUUAUCUAUGCUUCCCCUAUAUAAACUCAUACUUUGUGCUUUGUUACAGUUGAAACCUGGGUUGGCGUUUAUACAGUCAAAGACUGUUACCCAGUGCAGGAGACCUAUACCAGGAACUACAGCGUGACAACCUCCACCCGAUUCUUUGAUCUAAAGCUUGGGAUAAGUGAUCCAUCUGUAUUCACGCCUCCCAGCACCUGCCAGACAGCACAACCAAACAAGAUGAGUGAUGAAUGCUAAUCAUGGAAAUUGGCUUCUACAUGCAAACAUAUGUAAUAUAGUUAUCAUGAAUCCUCAGCUGCUGAUGUCUUAACAUGGUGGUUGCACUUUGCAGAAUGGAGGGCUUUGGGAAUGAGAUCUCUCGUUGACUAGAAAAAAUGAGAAAACCCAUCUCUCCACCAGAGUCUCAUUCUAAUAUUGUCCUCAUAUUCUACACUUACCAGUGAAGCAUUUGUUUUAGCCACUACAUUUGUUGGAAGAACCCGUUGCUUAUAUUUCCCAAGAGACACAUUGUGCUCUUAAAGCAUAUUAAAAUAUCACAUGCAUUUGCUCGUUUUGGAGAAGCGAGCAGACAUUGUGACAUGUAGCAGAGAAGGCAUUUCCAUAACAUGCCACCAUUAACCAAUUAUGUAGAGAGAUUUCCUUAACGUCUUGGAAGUUGUUACAGUAAAUGAAUUUGCUUUUUUGGGGGGGGGAUCAAGAAUAACUAUUCAUAUAAUAAGUGACUGGUGUGAGGCUACGAAUACUACAAUGAUGCCUCUGUUCUUCUACUUACUACUGCUUUCAUGGGAUCUGAUGGGAUUUCCUUCUCUUUUAUGCACCCCGUAUUAAAUAUGCUUUGUUAAAGCAAUGUUCCUUUGAAUUUAUGCAAAAAAGGAUUGCUUUACUUGUUUAACAGUCUCUCAUUG